AUGCACGACGAAGAUGAGGCAAGUUAUUUCGUGAAUGAAGAGCGCUAUGAAGAAGAGUGUGCUUCAAGUACAUUUGACAAGGGAUUUAUGCACAUUGAGAUUGAUUUUAUCAUGGACUCCCCAUUGGAAGAGGUUGCUUCUGGGUUUCCAGGAAUCGGACUAGUGCCUAUUUUCCGAUUGUUUGGCGUAACGGAAAAAGAACAAAGUGUGCUCUGCCACCUGCAUGGAUUUCUUCCCUAUUUCUAUGUUCGGACGCCGUCGGAAAACUUUUUGCCCAGCCAUUGCCAGCUUUUUCAGGAAGCCUUGGAGCUGACGGGAAUGAAUUGGAUUGAGAUCGACCAAAAAAAUUAUAUUGUUCGUACUCAAAAGGAGCACCUGACUUCAUUAUGUCAAAUUGAAAUAGAUACUACAUUUGACAAGAUCAUUAGCUUUACACCGGAUGGUAUACAUGCAACUGUACCGCCUUUGCGCAUUCUCUCUUUUGACAUUGAGUGUGCCGGAAGAAAGGGCAUCUUUCCUGAGCCCCAUAUCGAUGCUGUCAUUCAAAUUGGAAAUGUCUUCAGCGUCCAUGGAGAGGGGAUGCCUAGAGUUAGCGUUAUUUUCACUUUGAACACCUGCAGCCAGAUUGCAGGAGCAGAGGUCCUCUCAUUUGCUAAUGAGGCGGAUAUGCUCGCUGCUUGGUCGCAGUUCGUUAGGACGCUCGAUCCAGAUAUCAUCACCGGGUAUAACAUCAACAACUUUGACUUGAAUUAUUUGCUGGAUCGCGCCCAUACGCUGCGCGAAACCUCUUUCCCCUUUCUUGGCCGCAUUCCGGCCUUGCGGACAAAAUCAAGGGAUUCCAUCUUUUCCAGCAAAGCAUAUGGAACCAGAGAGUCUAAAGAAAUUUCUAUUGAUGGACGUGUCAUUUUGGAUAUGAUCCAAGUCAUCCAAAGAGAUUAUAAGCUUCGUUCAUAUUCGCUCAAUUCGGUUUGUGCCCAUUUUUUGGGCGAGCAAAAAGAAGAUGUCCAUCACUCCAUAAUCACAGACCUUCAAAAUGGAAAUUCCGAAACGAGGAGGCGUUUGGCUGUGUAUUGCCUAAAGGAUGCUUUACUGCCGCAGCGGCUGAUUGAUCGACUGAUGUCGCUGGUAAACUACAUUGAAAUGGCUCGAGUUACUGGGAUCCCAUUUAACUUUAUCCUCCAGCGAGGGCAGCAAAUUCGGGUUAUUUCGCAGCUAUAUCGCAAGGCAUCUGAAGAAGGCUAUGUGGUUCCUGCUCUCAGGACAGAAGCAGGGUCUGACGAGCAAUAUGAAGGUGCUACCGUGAUAGAGCCAAUUAAGGGCUAUUAUGAUAUUCCCAUUGCUACACUUGACUUUGCAUCCCUGUACCCAUCCAUUAUGAUGGCCCACAAUUUAUGCUAUACGACUCUUCUGGAUGCCUCUUCAAUUACGAAGCUCAAUCUGUCUCCGUCCGAUUACAUUCGCACACCUUCGGGAGACUACUUUGUCGCCAGUCAUGUUAGAAAAGGGCUUCUUCCCCAAAUUUUAGAAGAUCUUCUUGAGGCGCGGAAAAGGGCAAAAAACGAUUUGAAAAGCGAGAAUGAUCGAUUCCGCAAGGCAGUGCUUGAUGGGCGUCAAUUGGCAUUGAAAAUUAGCGCUAAUUCUGUAUAUGGAUUCACUGGUGCAACCGUUGGCAAGCUUCCGUGCAUUCAAAUAUCCCAGUCUACCACUUCGUUUGGCAGACAAAUGAUUGACCUGACAAAGGAGGCAUAUACCAUCGAGAAUGGAUAUGAUGCGAACGCCAAGGUGAUUUAUGGAGACACAGACUCUGUCAUGAUCAAUUUUGGCGCUCCAGAUCUCGCAAAGACCAUGGAGUUAGGUAAGCUUGGAUCCCUUUUAUUUCUGCAAGGUCGCCAUGCUGCAAACUUUGUUUCCUCUUCGUUCAAAUAUCCAAUUAGAUUGGAGUUUGAAAAGGCAUAUUUUCCAUAUCUUUUGAUCAACAAAAAACGAUAUGCUGGGCUUUAUUGGUCCAAUCCCCACUCUUAUGACAAAAUUGAUGCCAAGGGAAUCGAGACCGUCAGAAGGGACAAUUGCCCACUUGUUCAAACACUGAUCCAGACUUGCCUUAAUAAGAUUCUGAUCGAUAGAGAUGUUGAAGGCGCUAAGCAAUAUGCAAAGCAAGUGAUUUCAGAUCUUUUGCAAAACAAAAUCGAUAUUUCUCUGUUGGUGAUCACAAAGGCUUUGACAAAAUCGGGGGAAAGCUAUGCCGGCAAACAAGCCCAUGUCGAGCUUGCCGAAAAAAUGAGAAAGCGAGAUGCAGGCUCGGCCCCAUCUUUGGGGGAUCGUGUUGCCUAUGUCAUCACCAAAUCCACAAAAGGUGCCGCUGCCUAUGAGAAAUCGGAAGAUCCCCUCUAUGUGCUUGAGCAUAACAUUCCAAUCGACACAAAAUACUAUCUUGAGAAUCAGCUUUCUAAGCCAUUGCUUAGAAUAUUCGAGCCCGUCAUUAAGCAUGCAGAUGAGCUUCUUGGUAUAGUUUUUCUCUCAUUUUGGCAUAGCCGGAGACCAUACAAGAACCAUUCAUGUAGCGGUCCCCACACUUGGCGCAUUGAGGAAAUUUGCUGUCAAGACCGAGUCUUGUCUUGGAUGCAAGGCCCCGCUUGCGAAAGAAGGUUGUGUCGAUGUUUGCACUUAUUUGUAGAAAAGUUGGUUUGCAAGUUCUGCCGUCCAGAACUGCCAAAGUUUUAUUUGAAACAUGUAGACAUGCUUAAGCAGACCGAGAUUAAAUUUAACCGGCUCUGGACCCAAUGCCAACGCUGCCAGGGCUCGUUGCAUCAAGACGUUCUUUGCACUUCAAAGGACUGUCCCAUCUUUUACAUGCGGAAAAAGGCUCAAAAAGAGGUCAAGGAGGUUUCGGACUUGAUGGAGAAAUUCGAGUUUGAUUGGUAG